CUAAUGAUGUCUAUGGGUUUCAUGCCUGACAGUCUGAGUGGCUCCGAUCCCUCCAAAUCGGCCUUUCUGGAGUUUGCCCACGGACACCCGGCGCACCAGCAGCCCUCCCCGGGACUCUCCCACAUUUACCCCGUCCAUGGCUUGCACGCUGCCGGCCAUUCUCAGCACGAAGGUCCCUUUUCUGCAGGCAACGCGUCCUAUGGCCACUCUUUGGGUUACGCCUACCCAGGCUCGGUGAACACUCACCCCCCGUCCGCCUACAUGUCCUACCAGCAGCACAGCAGCAGCAGCAGUCUGUCCCACAGCAGGUUAGAGCGGACAGAUCGAGACAAGUCCUCGGUGUGUGAGGACAGGGACGUCCGGCUGGUGAACGGAAAGGGCAAAAAGAUCCGGAAGCCUCGGACCAUCUACUCCAGUCUGCAGCUGCAGGCUCUGCACCAGCGCUUCCAGCAAACCCAGUAUCUGGCCUUACCGGAGCGCGCGGACCUGGCGGCCAAGCUGGGGCUCACCCAGACACAGGUGAAAAUCUGGUUUCAGAAUAAACGCUCCAAGUACAAGAAGAUCAUGAAGCACGGCAGCGCCUCGGAGGGGGAGCACCUCCACAGCACCAGCUCCGUGUCCCCCUGCUCCCCCGCGCUGCCCCAGCUCUGGGAGGUCUCCAUGGCGACCAAAGGGGGGCCGAUGCACCCGAACAAUUACGUGAACACUUUUGGCCACUGGUACCCGAACCACCACCACCACCCUCACCAGGACGCCAUGCCGAGGCCUCAGCUGAUGUGAGAGGAUUUUCUGCAGCUGCUCGGCCGAAACAUUCAGGCCGAGCUGGACUGGAUUUUUUUUAUUUUAUUUUUUCACGUGGAGCUGUUUAAAUGUGUGUUGAAGAGACUUUGUUCUUCGAGGUUUGUUUUGUUUGCAGCUCCUGCAUGAAAUGUUCACGAGACGCAUAAA